AUGUCUGUCGCAACGCAACGUACGUCUUCGAAGCAUAAUGUUAAGACGGAAAACGACCUCGAGAACCACGGCUCGUACGAGCACGGCACCAUAGAAGAGGUCAUGGAAAAGCCCUUCACCAUCUGGACCGCCAUGGGUCUUGGCCAUUCCAUCACAAACACCGCAGUUGGCAUAAUAGUCGGCCUGGCUAAUGCCUUGCCCUUCGGAGGGCCUCCUGUUCUAUUCUGGGGAUUUAUCUUGAUGGCUUUGAUGGGAUGCUGCAUCGCCAUCAGCCUUGGCGAGCUCGCGUCUGCCUUGCCUCACGCAGGGGGACAAUACUUCUGGGUUGGCAAGCUUGGGCCUCGGUCAUGUCGUCGCUUCUUGUCCUACAUGGUCGGUCUGAUCAGUUGGGCCAGCGGACUCUGCGUGACAGCUUCUGUCGACCUUAUCGUCGCGCAGAUUAUCUUGGGAAUGGUCGCCUCAGUCCAUCCAUCAUUCAUCGUCAAACCAUGGAUCACAUUUAUCGGAUACCAACUUGUUAACCUCCUGGCGUUCGGGUUCAAUUUCUUCGAACGGUGCCUGCCAUGGUGCAGCAAGGCCCUGCUGAUCUACACACCUUCAAUGGUCUUUGCCAUAUUUGUUUCAUUGCUGGCAGGUGACUCUCACAAGCAGAGUGCGAGCACAUUCUUCGUUGAUUUGAAAAAUGUUUCUGGAUGGCCUGCUGGUGUCGCAUUCCUCAUUGGAUUCAACCCCAGCGCCUGGUCCUUCUCAUGUCUGGACUCUAUCACUCACCUGGCCGACGAGAUUCCCCGUCCCAACAAAAACAUACCAAAGGCUCUUCUUUGUACCAUCGCCGUGGGAUUCGUCACGGGGUUACCAAUCGUCUUUGCACUCAUGUUCUCAGCCCCAGAUCUCGACACCGUCGUCAUCGCAGCUGUGCCGUCCCUGGAAAUCUUCCUUCAACUCUACCAUUCCAAGGCUGCUGCUAUUGCUCUGCAGUCACUAGUGACUGCUUCUGCUUUCGGGGCUAUUAUAGGAUGUCAUACAUGGCAAUCUAGAAUGGCAUGGGCUUUCAGCCGCAACCACGGGUUUCCUUUCUCGAGAUACCUGAGUCAGGUAGCCGGGGCCCCCUUCCACGCGCCUAUCUGGUCACAUGUUUGGUCUAACAUUUUUAUCGUCAUACUGGGAUGCCUAUAUCUGGCUUCAGACCUUGCCUUCAACUCCCUGGUCGCAGGCGGUCUUCUGUUCCAGUAUAUCUCGUAA